AUGUCAAAGACAGUGAAAGAUGAAGGUGAAGAAACCUCUAAUCUAACAGGGAUAGUAAUACAAGAUUUAAUAAAAAAACUAUCUAUACCAAGUGAGCUGAUUGAUGAUAAUAAUAGAGGAAAUAAGAUCAAAGAAUCAAAACCAAUAAUUUUACUCCAGUUAUACUAUAAUGCAAACCAGACAGAAAAAUAUGUAAUCCAUGUCUACCAAGAAGAAAUAAGAUGCUGGUAUUUGUUUGCUAAAAAAUUUGAAGAAAGAGUUAAAGAAAUAAAAAAUGAUAACAAUAGUUUGCAUAAAAAAACUGCAAAGGCUAGAAAUAUCUACAAGUUGUUUGGAGAAAGUUAUGACCCUGAUAUCAAAAAAAUAGUUAAGGGGAUAGGAAUUGAAAAAAUUGAGAGAAUUUGA